GACGCAACUUCGCACCGAUACUUGUUCUUUUUCCGGUAAUAACUUAAAACGAAAUUACUAGAAUCGAAUUGUGUAGUAACCAUUUUUCUCGAUCGUUCCAGCUGGUUCUGGUUGUGUCCAUUUUCUUCUCAGAAUCACAAUGCCACGAGAAAUUAAAGAAAUCAAAGACUUCCUUUUGAAAGCCAGGAGGAAGGAUGCAAAAUCUGUAAAAAUUAAGAAGAAUGCUGAAAAUGUUAAAUUCAAAGUCAGGUGUUCAAGAUUUUUGUAUACCCUUGUAAUUACAGACAAGGAAAAAGCAGAAAAAUUGAAGCAAUCUUUACCUCCAGGUCUUCAAGUAAAAGAAGUAAAAAGAAGUGAACGUAUGUAAUUAACCAAUAAAACAAUUUCUUAAAUGUA